CGGAAGCGGAGCGAAGGCGCCGGGGAGGUGGAGGACGAGCCCCCCUCAGGUUACCACCAAAGAACAUGAUUUUGGUCUAGGGGCUCCAGUUUCUGAAGCUGAAAAAUACCAGAAUAAACUCCAGCUAGAACAAGAAGUGAGAAAUCAAGAUAAAUUCAUCUCUGCACUGAAAUUACAGAUUGAAGAUCUCAAACAGACAAAUCAUGGCUUGGAAGAAUAUGUUAGGAAACUCUUGGAUAGUAAGGAGGUGGUAAGCAGUCAAGUAGAUGAUUUAACCAGCCACAAUGAGCAUCUUUGUAAAGAAUUGAUUAAAAUUGACCAACUAGCAGAGCAACUAGAAAAAGAGAAAAAUUUUGUGGUGGAUACCGCUGACAAAGAACUUGAAGAAGCAAAGAUUGAACUCAUUUGCCAGCAUAAUAAUAUAAUAGUAUUGGAAGAUACAAUAAAAAGGCUUAGAUCUAUAAUUUUAGAGACUGAAAAAGCACAAAAUAAAUCUCCUUCCAGACUUGAUUCCUUUGUCAAGACUUUAGAAGCAGACAGAGAUUACUACAAGAGUGAAGCUCAAAAUUUGAGAAGGAUGAUCAGAAGUAGAUCUAAAAGUCCAAGACGCCCAUCUCCAUCUUCCCGGGGUACAAACUGUGAUGUAGAGCUUUUGAAGACGACAAGAGACCGUGAAGAACUUAAAUGCAUGCUGGAAAAAUAUGAGCGUCAUUUGGCAGAAAUUCAGGGUAAUGUCAAGGUUCUUACAUCUGAGAGAGACAAGACCUUUCUUCUUUAUGAACAGGCACAGGAAGAAAUUGCCCGACUUCGACGAGAAAUGAUGAAAAACUGUAAGUCUCCUAAAUCAACAACAGCACAUGCCAUCCUCCGGCGGGUGGAGACUGAAAGAGAUGUGGCCUUCACUGAUUUACGAAGAAUGACCACAGAACGAGACAGCCUGAGGGAAAGGCUAAAGAUUGCCCAAGAGACAGCAUUUAAUGAGAAGGCUCACUUGGAACAAAGGAUAGAAGAGCUAGAGUGUACCGUUCAUAAUCUUGAUGAUGAACGGAUGGAGCAAAUGUCAAAUAUGACUUUGAUGAAGGAAACCAUAACCACUGUGGAAAAAGAAAUGAAAUCACUAGCAAGAAAGGCAAUGGAUACUGAAAGUGAACUUGGCAGACAAAAGGCAGAGAAUAAUUCUUUGAGACUUUUAUAUGAAAAUACAGAAAAAGAUCUUUCUGAUACUCAGCGACAUCUUGCUAAGAAAAAGUAUGAGCUACAGCUUACUCAGGAGAAAAUUAUGUGCUUGGAUGAAAAAAUUGAUAAUUUUACCAGGCAAAGUAUUGCCCAGAGAGAAGAAAUCAGCAUUCUUGGUGCAACCCUCAACGAUCUGGCUAAAGAAAAGGAAUGCCUGCAAGCAUGUUUGGAUAAAAAAUCUGAGAAUAUUGCAUCCCUUGGAGAGAGUUUGGCAAUGAAAGAAAAGACCAUUUCAGGCAUGAAGAAUAUCAUUGCUGAGAUGGAACAGGCAUCAAGACAGUCUACUGAAGCCCUAAUUAUGUGUGAACAAGACAUUUCCAGAAUGCGUCGGCAAUUGGAUGAAACAAAUGAUGAGCUGGCUCAGAUUGCCAGGGAAAGAGAUAUCUUGGCUCAUGAGAAUGACAAUCUCCAAGAACAGUUUUCUAAAGCUAAACAAGAAAACCAGGCCCUGUCUAAAAAAUUGAAUGAUACGCACAAUGAACUUAAUGACAUAAAGCAGAAGGUCCAAGAUACUAAUUUGGAGGUUAACAAGCUGAAGAAUAUAUUAAAAUCUGAAGAAUCUGAGAACCGGCAAAUGAUGGAUCAACUCCGAAAAGCCAAUGAAGAUGCCGAAAACUGGGAAAAUAAGGCCCGUCAAGCAGAGGCAGAUAACAAUACCCUCAAAUUAGAACUUAUCACUGCUGAGGCAGAGGGUAACAGAUUAAAAGAAAAAGUAGAUUCUCUCAACAGAGAGGUCGAGCAGCACUUAAAUGCAGAAAGGUCUUACAAGUCCCAGAUUUCUACCUUACACAAGUCUGUUGUAAAGAUGGAAGAGGAACUUCAGAAGGUUCAGUUUGAAAAAGUGUCUGCCCUUGCAGAUUUAUCUUCCACAAGGGAACUUUGUAUUAAACUUGACUCAAGCAAAGAACUUCUUAAUCGACAGCUGGUUGCCAAAGAUCAAGAAAUAGAAAUGAUGGAGAAUGAGUUAGAUUCUGCUCGCUCUGAAAUAGAACUCCUCAGGAGUCAGAUGACAAAUGAGAGAAUCUCCAUGCAGAAUCUAGAAGCUUUGCUGGUGGCCAAUCGAGACAAAGAAUAUCAGUCUCAGAUAGCGCUUCAAGAAAAAGAUUCUGAAAUUCAGCUUCUUAAAGAACACCUUUGUUUGGCAGAAAAUAAAAUGGCCAUCCAGAGUAGAGAUGUGGCCCAGUUCAGAAAUGUUGUAACACAGUUGGAAGCUGAUUUAGACAUUACCAAACGACAACUAGGGACGGAGCGCUUUGAAAGGGAGAGGGCUGUACAAGAACUUCGCCGCCAGAAUUACUCAAGUAAUGCUUAUCAUAUGAGUUCCACAAUAAAGCCAAAUACAAAAUGUCAUUCACCAGAACGUGCUCACCAUCGAUCUCCUGACCGAGGCCUAGAUCGAUCGUUAGAAGAGAAUCUUUGCUAUAGAGAUUUCUGA